UGCACGGGACGAUAUCUAUCCUCGACAAUGCCAUGUUGCUAUGUUAUUACGAGGAAGAUAGAGCGUUCGCGCUUUUCACCACAACAAGGGCCAUUGUACGACGAGUAACGCUCGCGCGCCACCAAAUCCGAUGGCAAAACCGGAGCGGCUUCGCUUUACGAUUCUGGAUGACUUGAUACUUUUGCGCGAGGUCUCGAAGCAGAAUCCGUAUGAGGAGAGCGACAGAUGGAAAACCGUUGCCGAGCGCGUCGUGACCGCGACGCAAAAGAACUUUAGCUUGCGCUGCGUGAAGGAGCAUGUUGACCAUUUACUGAAAAUCUGGGCCAGAGAAGGUCGCGCGCACUUGAGGAAAUCGGGAACUGAAGAACAGUAUAAUGAAAAGGAGGGACUCCUGCAACAGGUACAAGACUUACAAAGAGAAUUCAGGCGUUCUGGCAAAAACACUGGUUUUAAUGUACACAAAUCAAGAACACAAAGGGAUGUGACUUUAGAAAAUAUUUCUGAUACUUUAGAAGUGAUAAUAGAAGAACCAACAGUGAUAACGUCUAUACCCUCCUCCUUCCCGUCCUCCACAUUGCUACCGAUUGCUUUGCCAUCGCCAACUUCAUCAUCUUCGUCAUCGUCAUCAACUCCAUUAACCUCAGGAAGCCCGCUACAAUCACCACCCACGUCACCAUCAAGAACGGGUGGCCCAAUAAGGAACAAAGUGCGUCACGAUGCAUUGAAAAAAUCGACAUUGCAAUUUCUGCAAGAAAGACAUAAAAAAGAGAUGGAAUUUCAAGAAAAGCAAUUCAGAUUAGAAGAGAGAAGGAUUCAGCUUGAGGAAGAAAAAUUCAGAAUAGAAAAAAAGGAACGUGAAGUAAGACUUGAAUUGGAAAUUGAAGAGAGAAGACAAAAAAUCGCUGUAUCUAAACAGAAACAAGAGAUUUUGGAAAUAUUGUUACAAUUAAUACAUAAACCUUGAUUAUUUUUAUAAGUGACAGCUUUUUUGUUUUAUUGAU